AUGGUGACCGCUACCGAGGAGCCCAAGGAGACGGCUCAGUCCCAUACGCCUCGUACGCCGCCGUUGUCCGCCGCCCUGGGAGCCUUUACUGACGCCUCAGCUCAAGCCGCUACCGACGAUGUCCCCCCGCCAGCCGACGGUGGUCUCGAUCUGUCCCUUAUGAAGAAAAAGAAGAAGAAGAAGGUCAAGAAGGACGCUGGAGAGGAGGAUGACUUUGCUGCCAAGUUGAAGCAGCUCGAGGUGAAGGAUGCCGAGGAGGCCCCCGCCGACAUCGAAGAGGACGCUGGAGAUAUGGAUGCUGGUACUGGUAUCUGGGCACAUGACGAGGUCAAGAACAUUGGAUACACCCUUCUCCUCCAGCGCUUUUUCCACCAGUUGUCACAAAAGAACCCCGACCACACCCUCACUGGUGCCAAGAGCUUCAAGAUCCCUCCUCCGCAGUGUAUGCGCGAAGGCAACAGAAAAACCGUCUUUGCCAACAUUGCCGAUAUUUGCAAGCGCAUGAAGCGUACCGAGGACCAUCUUACUGCCUAUCUUUUUGCAGAAUUGGGAACCAACGGCUCUGUUGACGGAAGUAGGAGAUUGGUCAUCAAGGGUCGCUUCCAGCAAAAACAGAUUGAGGGUAUGGUACGAAAAUACAUCAUCGAAUAUGUCACCUGCAAGACUUGCAAAUCCCCCGACACCGAGCUCAGCAAAGGUGAAAACCGUCUCUACUUCGUCACCUGCAACAACUGCGGUUCGCGACGUUCCGUUACUGCCAUCAAGACCGGUUUCUCUGCCCAAGUCGGCAAGAGAAAGAAGAUGCAGGGUUAA